AUGCCUUAUCAUAGGUGCUCCUAUUUCGGUUGUAAGAACACCACAGUUACGAAGUCAAUGUUCCGAUUUCCAUGGAAUGAUUCAAAUCGCUUGAAAAUAUGGCUGAAUAAUUGUGGUAACAUGACUAUUACCCACCUACCAGCAGAAAGGCUUCGAACAAAAUAUAUAUGUAUUGAUCAUUUUAGUAAAGAAUAUUUGGCCAAUGUGACUGGUCGUAGAAAAAGGAUUAAUAGACUAGCCAUACCUGAACCAUAUCGAGAUGUUAAGACUCCUGACAGCUCAAGCACCUCUGUACCAGGCUCACCAGGAUUGAAAGUUUAUACACAUGAAAGAAUGUUUAUAAAUGACAUAGUUUUAAAGAAUAUAAAAAAAGAAAAGAGUGAAGAUCCUGAUGAAUCCGAUGACUUGAAAAAAGAAGUUUACUGGAGUCCACCUAAGAAAAGGAAACAAAAAAAUGAAAAUGAUUCACCAGAAUGUAAAAAUAUAAAAUCAUUACUAUUUAAGUCUUUAAAAAAAUUAAGACGUCUUGUUAAUAAGGACAAAUCAUUAAAAAAAAAGUUUGCCGAUAAAACUUUAAUUGAUUUAUCAAAACAAAAGUUUAGGAGUGAAUAUAGUAAAAUAAUGACUUUAAUGCAAUUUAAAGUAGCAAGAAAAGAAUGGACCAAUAAAGAAAGAGAAUUUUGCAUGUCAUUAUAUCGCAAAUCACCUGCAGCAUAUAAGUUUAUGUAUAAAUCUGGUAUUGUGUUGGCUUCUGUAUCUACAGUUCAACGCUGGUUUCAUAAAACUAAAUGUUUACCAGAAAAUGAUAUUAUUUUUGUUGAUAUAAACAAUGAAUCUAAUAAAACA